ACACGAAUGUCGGCUGGCAUUGGACUCGCUGGCUCUUCCUUCUGAUCUGUCUAGUAAAAUGUACACGCUGCUUCGCGGUUACAUUCUGCUAACUCCGGAAAGUCCGGCUGUAAGGAAGUUGACCAAAAUGGCUUUCGCGAAACUCCUGCAGAACUUGGGAAAUUCCGUAUAUGAGUUCAGCGAUACUACCUACAACAAUUCAAGUCUCCAAGGGGUCUAUCGCAAUAUGACGCAUCCUUAUGAGAGAAAUCUGGCGGAUAAUUCGAUGAUCAAGCUCUUUCAGUGCUUCCGCACCGAUCGUUUGGUCGUCGUGGAAAAUGAAACGGUGCUUGAGAAUAUGGGUUCAUGUUUGAUGGAUGCCGACUCAUAUUUAUCUGGUCUGGUGUUCGAUGUGCAGCAUGAAGCAAAAGAAUUUCGAAAAUUGACCGUCUACAAAAUUCGCAUGGCUAAUUAUCUCGUUGACAACACGAAUCAUUUACAAGACCGAACUUUGAACUCGAGACCCAGGGACUCACCGUUUAUUGAUCUGAAAUACGAAUACUUCGGAUUUUCGUUCCUGCAAGACGCCGUAUCGAAUCUGCUAAUCGACUUCCUUACAUCUCGAAAUCAAAGCGAAACGGCAGCGGUUUUUUCCCAGCAAUUUCCUGCCUAUUGUUACACCGUUGACCUCUUUAUGGAUGGCGUUUCAAACAUGCUUCCGUUCAUCAUAUCGAUCGGUUGGAUUUUCAGCGCUGCAAUAAUAAUCAAAAACAUUGUCCUUGAAAAGGAGCUUCGCAUCAAGGAAUUUCUGAAGAUGAUGGGACUGAACAAUUUUAUCUAUUGGUUAAGUUGUUUCAUUCAGUCGUUUCUAAUUCUGCUGUUCACGUCAACAGUAGCGGUGGUUAUACUUAAAGUAAGUGCACUUUUUCAUUUUAUGCUAAUCUACCACGUCUACGUGUUAAUGGAUGAAUAUAUGCAUGGCAUCCUGAAUUUGUAUGGUACAAAAUUGUCUGGGUAAUG